AUGGCUGCAGCUGUUGCGACGAAUGGGAUGCAGAAGCUCGCGGGGACGAAGCGACGUGCGGAUGAGUCAAGUCUAAAUGACGAUCAACGCUUCACCAAGCGUUUCAACUUACUGAGCAUUGACAACCAUGCGCGUAAUGGGAACAGCAACCUCUACAUUCCAGUCUCCAACACCGGACUAUCCACAACCGGAACAGCCAUUGCAUUACCGGCAGGCACAGUGCCAUGGGAAAACACGAACGGCGACGAGCUGAUGAAUGUGGAUGAUACUCGUGAUCGAGUGUACAUACACGACCUCGAUGCAGAGCUAGCAGAUAUCGAGCCAGAAGAGGAGAAGCUCAUCUUCCUCCCGGACAUCGAGAAGCGCCUCAGUCGCAUACCACAUCAGGUCUUGGCCGGCCAACGCAGUGGCGAUGAUGAUCACCACGAGCUCGUGCUGUACAGCGUGCCCAAGUCUCUGACUGUGGACGAAGGACAGGACUCCGUACGGAAGGCUAUCAUUGAAGCGAGACAGAGGGCGAGGAACAAGGUGGUGGAAGAGGUGAGGCAGGAGGAUAUGAUGCGGCAGUAUAGUUAUGGGAACCACGAGACUGCGACAGAGACUGCGCAUGGGUACUCUACCGGGUAUGAGGAGGAGCAGGCGGAUCCGGACGCUAUGGACCUUGGUUGA